AUAUAUUGGUCAUUUCUUCUACAAGAUAAGAUAGUAGUGAAUGACCCUACAAAGUUUCUCAUUUGUGUGAUUUACAUCACAUAUACAAUAUAUUCUUUUUAUCAAACUUAACCUCUUGCAAACAUAUCUUUCAACUAUAGCUUUCACAACUCAAGAUCACAACAUUACAUAGCAGCAAUGGCAUCAAUCACAAUGACAGCACCAUUCUUCACCGGCAGCUCAGCGAUCGCUAACCGGUCACCGGUGGCGGCAACUCAGAGGAAACUAGUGGUGGCAAAUGCUGCAAGAGGAGUUGAAGUAGAAAAAAUGAAGUUAAGUUAUGACAAUGAAAAAGAAGAAACCAAUGGAAGGAGAAACAUCAUGUUUGCUGCUGUUGCAACAGCUGUUUGUUCUGCUGCUGGAAUUGCUUUGGCUGAUGAACCUAAACGUGGUUCACCUGAAGCUAAAAAAGCUUAUACUCCUGUUUGUGUUACUAUGCCAACAGCUAGAAUUUGUCGCUACUAAGGAUGUUUUAGUCUUUUUUCUUUGAUUCUAUUGUAAUGAAAACAACAAUGGGGAUG